CUGAAAAAAAAGCUCAAAAUUUGGGAAGGGUUCUCGUUGGUGAAGGGAAAAGAGCAACCCGGAUAUCGCCGAGAGAGCAGCGCAUCGCCGGCGAUGGCCCCUCUGCCUCCUAGGUCCGGCGACGCCGUCUUCGCCAACAUUGAACACGUUAAUGCGGAGCUGUUCACACUGACGUAUGGAGCGAUCGUCAGGCAGCUUCUCACGGAUCUGGAAGAGGUCGAGGAGGUCAACAAGCAGCUCGAUCAGAUGGGUUACAAUAUUGGCAUUCGGUUGAUUGAUGAAUUUCUGGCCAAGUCAAAUGUAUCUGGAUGUGCAAACUUCAAGGAAACUGCUGAUGUUAUUGCAAAGGUUGGUUUCAAAAUGUUUUUGGGGGUCUCUGCAACUGUGACUAAUUGGGAUGCUGAAGGAACAAGCUGCAGCCUUGUCUUGGAAGAUAAUCCCCUGGUAGACUUUGUUGAACUUCCUGAUACAUGUCAGGGCCUAUGUUACUGCAACAUAUUGAGUGGAGUUAUUAGAGGAGCACUCGAGAUGGUGUCAAUGAAGACUGAAGUCACAUGGGUCCGGGAUAUGCUACAAGGAGAUGAUGUCUAUGAACUGCGUGUGAAACUUCUGAAGCAAGUUCCUGAAGAAUACCCAUACAAAGAUGAUGAGUAGCCUAUGGAGCAGUAGUUUAGGUAAAAAGAAGAAAGCUUCUAUUCCCUCUUUCCAUUUGCUUUCCUUGAGACUUGUACAGACUACUUGAAUUUUCGGUUCUCUUAACUCAGUUUCAGGUUAUGUUUCCUUAACUUAAUUAGAUAUGAAUUCUUUGAAUCUUAUGCUUUUGUGAUAACUUUUCAUAUGUCAAUCAUAGACUAUUUUUAGGCUUAUAUCAAUCAAGACGGUUGUUGAUC